GUUCAAGCAAACACGCAGCAGGAAACGAUCGAUCGAUCAAUCGAUAGAACUAUCGUUGUCCGUCCGAUCAUCACCAGCUCCCACCGCCGCUGCGCUGAUCCGCUGCCUGCGUCGUCGCCUCCGCCAUGAACGACCUCUUCUCGUCGAGCUCGUUCAAGAAGUAUGCGGACGCGAGCCCGGCGACGUCGUCGGCGGGCGACAUGGAGACCGGCGGCGAGAGCGUGGUGAACCUGGACAAGUUCUUCGAGGAGGUGGAGGCGGUGAAGGAGGACAUGCGCGGGCUGGAGGGCAUGUACAAGCGGCUCCAGUCCACCAACGAGGAGACCAAGACGGCGCACGACGCGCGCACCGUCAAGUCCCUCCGCGCCCGCAUGGACAAGGACGUCGAGCAGGUGCUCCGCCGCGCCAAGGCCGUCAAGGGCAAGCUCGAGGCGCUCGACCGCUCCAACGCCACCUCCCGCAAGGUGCCCGGCUGCGGCCCGGGCUCCUCCACCGACCGCACCCGCACCUCCGUCGUCGCCGGCCUCGGCAAGAAGCUCAAGGACCUCAUGGACGACUUCCAGGGGCUGAGGGCGAGGAUGGCGGCGGAGUACAAGGAGACGGUGGCGCGGCGGUACUACACGGUGACGGGGGAGAAGCCGGAGGACAGCACGAUCGAGGCGCUCAUCUCGUCGGGGGAGAGCGAGUCGUUCCUGCAGAAGGCGAUCCAGGAGCAAGGGCGCGGACAGGUGAUGGACACCAUCUCGGAGAUCCAGGAGCGGCACGACGCCGUCAAGGACAUCGAGCGCAGCCUCAUGGACCUGCACCAGGUGUUCCUGGACAUGGCGGCGCUCGUGGAGGCGCAGGGCCACCAGCUCAACGACAUCGAGAGCCACGUCGCGCACGCCAGCUCCUUCGUGCGCCGGGGCACCGUCGAGCUGGAGACGGCGCGCGAGUACCAGAAGAGCAGCCGCAAGUGGAUGUGCAUCGCCGUCCUCGCCGGCAUCCUCCUCGUCGCCGUCCUCAUCCUGCCCGUGCUCGUCAACCUGCGCAUCUUGACGCUCCCCACCAAACGAUGAUUGAUGAUUCUUCGUCUCAUCCAUCAUUCUCUUCUUCUUCUUGUCUCUUUCUUUACACGUACGUACGUACUUCGUGAUUUUACCAAGGAUUUCCGUUUCUUUGCUUUUCGUCAGGUCUGUACCAUUUUGUAUGUCUUUUCUUGGUAGAUGUAGCAGUUGAUUUUCAGAAGACUUGCAUGUACUACUUGAUCGAUCGAGAUGGUAUGCAUGCAUGGGCGUAACAGUUUCAGUAAUUUGAAAUCGAAGCCAAUAGGUGUGUUUGAUC